AUGUUUCUAUUGUUUUGUCUUCUUUUUUGCUUAUCUACUCCUCCUCCUCCUCCUUCUCCUCCUUCUCCUCCUUCUCCUCCUCCUCCUCCUCCUCCUUCUCUUCCUCCUUCUUCCCAUUUAACUUCUUCUUCUUCUUCUUCUUCUUCUUCUUCUUCUUCUUCUUCUUCUAUUACUACUACUACUACUACUACUACUUCAUCUACUUCUAAUGCUACUACUACUUAUUCUUCUUCUGCCUCUUCCUCCUCUUUUGAUUCUUCUUCUGCUGCUUCUUCUACUUCACCUUCUUUAUCUUCUACUACUACUACUACUACUACUACUACUACUUCUUCUCCUACUUCUUUUUUUACUUCUGCUUUUCUGUUUUCUUUUUUCUUUUUCUUCUCCUUCUUCUUCCGCUUGUUCUUCUAUUUCUUCUUAUUUAUCUUCUUUUAUUUAUUUCCGUCUUCUUUUCCUCCUUCUUCUUCUUUUUCUUCUUCUUCUUCUUCUUCUUAUUAUUAUUAUUAUUAUUCUCCUUCUAUUACUACUACUUCUUUUUCCUCUUCAACUUCUGCUUCUUCUUCUUCUAUUUUAAAUCCCACUCUAUUCCGUUUUCAUUGCUCUCUUCUUCUUUUCUUCUUCUUCUUCUUCUUCUUCGUAUUAUUAUUAUUGACGCGCCUUGUUUUCCCCCUUAAUAUUAUUAUUAUUGGCGCUUCUCGUUUAUUUGUUCCCUUCUGUCUUCAUAGCGUUCCAUUUCUUCUUCUUCUUUUUCUUUUUCUUCUUCUUUUUCUUCUUCUUCUUCUUCUUCUUCUUCUUCUUCUUCUCAUUAUUAUUAUUAUUAUUAUUGACACAUCUUGUUUUUUUUUCUCGGCAACACGUUCUUCUUCUUCUUCUUCUUCUUCUUCUUCUUCUUCUUCUUCUUCUUCUUAUUCUUAUUCUCCUUCUUAUUCUAUUUCUUCUUCCUCGAUUCUAUCUUCUUCGCAUCUUUCUUUUUCGUUUUUUGUCUUCGUUUCUAUAUUCCUCCUCACCUUCUUCCUAAUUUUCAUUUUUUUCUUUUGUUUCUCCUUCAUUUUUCUUCUUUUACUUCUACUUCUUCUUUCGCUAUUUCACGUUUCUUCUUCUGUGUCUUUUCACACUUCUUCUUCUUUUUCUUCUUUUUCUUCUUCUUCUUCUUCUUCUUCUUCUUCUUCUUCUUCUUCUUCGUCGUCGUCGUCGUCGUCGUCUCUGUCUCUUUCUUCAUUCUUAAUCUCUGAUUCGCUUGUGUUUUUACGGUUUCGCCUUCUUUCUCGAUUCUACUUUCUUCUUCAUCUCGUUUCCUUUCGUUUUUAUUAUCGUUUCUCGCCUUCUUUCUCCUUGUUAUCUUCUUCUUUUGGUUUUGUAUUCAUCUUUCUUUCCUUUACUUUUCAGAUUUUUUUUUUUUACUUUUUUAGUUUGUUCCUCCUAGUCUUCAUUCAUCAUUCCUUUUUCCUUCUCCUCCCCUCCUCCUCCUCUUUCUUCUUCUUCUUCUUCUUCUUCUUCUUCUUCUUCUUCUUCUUCUUCUUCUUCUUCUUCUUCUUCUCCUUAGACUUUUUCUUCAUUCUUCACCCCUACCUAAUUCUUUGUCGGCUUCUCUUUGUUUCUCGAUUAUAUUCUCUUCUUUACCUCGUUCUUUUUCGCUUGUUUCUCGCCUUCUUUUUCCUUCUUCUUCUUCUUUUUCAUCAUCAUCAUCAUCAUCAUCAUCAUCAUCAAUAUUAUAGUUUUCUUAAUAUUCAGUGUCCCUUUCAUUCAUUAUCACUGCUUCAUUCAACCUUUUUCGUUUUUUUUUUGUUUUUUUUGUUUUUUUUUCUUUUACUGAUUCUAUUUUCUUGUACGCCUCUUACUUCUUCGGUUUUCUUAUUCUUUCCUCAUUUUCCUAUUUCUCACUUUUCUUUUUCUUUUACUCUAACUCCUUCUUCUUCUUCUUCUUCUUCUUCUUUUUCUUCUUCUUCUUCUUCUUCUUUACCCAUCAUCUUUGCUUUCGUCCUCUAUUUCAUUGUUUACUUUCUCUUCCUCGUACUAUUCCUCCUUUUCUCUUUCUCUGCCUCUUUUUGUUUUCCUUUCAGCUUCUUUUUUUGCCUUCUUAUUCGAGAUGCCGCCAUUUUUCCCCCGCCUUGCUGUAAUAUCUAUUUGUUUCUUUCUUUUUGGGGGCAUUGUUUCUGUAUAUUAAGUCAAUUCAAAGUAUCCCUCUUUCUUUUUCUUUCUUUCUUUCUUUCUUUCUUUCUUUCUUUUUCGUUCAUUAUUUAUAUUAAAUUAGUUCAAAUCAUUCUGCUUUUGUCUUUCUUUCUUUCUUUCUUUCAUUCUUUCUUUCCAAGUUAUUUUAUACUUUCUAUUUUUUUCUUUCUCCUAAUCUUUUUAUUUACUUAUUUAUUUUGUCUGCGUUCUUUGUUGUUUUUUUUUUUUUUCAUUAUUUCUUACCCCAUCUCUUUCAUUCAAAUAUUCCUUUUUUUCCCACCUUUUUUCUUUUCUCGUUUAUUUCCUACUUCUCUUCUUCCUUUCAUUCUUUGUAUAAAAUCAGUUCAAAUAACUCCUUUUUGA